GAUAUUUGCCGACGGGUAACCGGAACAGCCAGGUUCCACCAAGCAGAAAAUGAAGUAUGGCCGAAAAAGAUCACAGGUCCAACUUACCAAAUAAGGAAUGAUGUCGACCCAGACUACCACCACCUUCUGCGGUAACGAUAAUGGGGUAGGUCUGGAGGAGGCUCUCUACGGGUUCCUGUCUCCUCCCCGAUAUGAUCAAACCAUUGAAUGGAGCUUGGAGGAGAACAAAAUCUUCGAGGAAGCUAUGGGGGAAUUUGAAAUCUCUAACCCUAAUUUUAUUGAGAAUGUUGCAGCUAGGGUUCCAUGGAGGACUUUGGAGGAUGUGAAGGAGCAUUUCCAGGCUCUUGUCUAUGACUUGGAGCUCAUCAAUUCCGGCCGGAUUCCGCUGCCGCGGUACAAGGACGACGUUGUUAGCGGCGAGGAGGAGGAGGAGGAGAAAGAUGCAGAUGCUGAUAAUGGUGGUGCUAAAGAGGACAUUAAUCAGGUAGCCAAUAAUGAACAGAUUGAUCAUCUUCCCCAGGCAGGAUGUGAUUCUGUUGCAGUUGCCACCGCCGCCGCCGCCGCCGCCGCCGCUGAACAGACAAAUAAUGGACAGCCGCAGCUGCAGCAGAGGCGGAGGGCAGUUCCCUGGACUGAAGAGGAGCAUCAGCUGUUUCUGAUGGGGCUGAACAAGUACGGGAAGGGCGACUGGCGGAGCAUCUCGAGGUUCUACGUCAUCUCCAAGACCCCGACGCAGGUGGCCAGCCAUGCCCAGAAGUACUUCCGCCGCCAGACCUGCUGCACCACUCCGGUGGAGCGCCGCCGCCCCAGCAUUCACGACAUCAAUACUGUCAACCCUAUUCCGAAGCCGAUGCCGAUCCCGAUGCCGGACAAUAAUAUUAGUAUUAAUCAAAGGAUGAACAUGAUGAGGUCUCCCGAAGCUCUGCUGGCCGGCAACAAUCUGCAGGUUGUGGACGUCCCCCCUGCAAUCCCAAUCCCAAUCUCAAACCCUAAUUUCCAUGGACUGCUCAACCCUACCUGCAGAUUCCAUGACCUAAACUGCAGGCGCCCUAUGUUCGUCCCCAUCGGAGUUGACCGUGCUUUCAUGAAUCAGCAGAAUAAUAAUAAUAAUAAUAAUAAUACUGCUGCUAAUUCCUCCUACCUGUUUCCAUCAUUCGCGAGCUACCAGCAGCAGCCAUGGGGCUGAAUAGCCAGUGGCGCCUGAGGAGAACGAUCGACCGGAUCUGAUGAUUCAAUAAAUUAAUAUAAAUAAAUAGAAACUUGGUCCAGAAGUACUGUGUCUCUGUGUCUGUCGUCUGUGCGUCAUAAGGGUUUAGUCUGUCUGUCUUUCUUGUCUUGUCUUGUCUUGCUUAAUAAAG